AUGGCCCGCUCUUACAAGCAGAUUAUCUACGCCAACACCCCGUCGCCCGCGAUCGAUCCCGAUCUGUCAAAGGGGACCUUCGCUCUCAAGACCGCCACCAUCCCAGACCCUAUCCCCGAUGACAAAGUCCUCGUCCGCGUGCACUACCUCUCGCUAGAUCCGGCCAUGCGAAACUGGCUCACCGCGAAACGGUCUUACAUAGCUCCCGUCGAGCGUGGCGCCGUCAUGCGCGGUCAGAGCAUCGCCCAGGUCCUGUCGAUGGGGAGGAAUUUGAAAGGUCAAUACAAAGUCGGGGACUGGGUUGUCGCACUCUCUGGCUGGCAGGAGUACGCCGUCCUGGGUGCCCAGGAAGCUGAGAAGAUCGUCGUUCCCCCGGGAUGCAGGCCGUGGGAUGCCAUGUCCGUCCUCGGCUUGACGGGAUUGACCGCAUACUUUGGCCUGCUAGAAGUGGCAGGCGUCAAACCGGGAGAUACGGUUGUUGUCUCUGGGGCUGCUGGUGCCACAGGCAUGGUGGCAGGCCAGCUUGCCAAGAUCAAGGGAGCGAAGCGCGUUGUCGCACUGGCAGGGAGCGCAGACAAAUGUUCCUUUUUGAAGAACGAGCUGGGCUUCGAUGUGGCUAUCAAUUACAAGGAUGAAGACUGGAGGAAGCAACUGAAGAACGCCGUUCCAGAUUACAUUGACGUAUAUUUCGACAAUGUUGGCGGCGAGAUUCUCGAUGCCUGCUUGAGCCUGGCUGCCCGCAAUGCACGAUUUGCCAUCUGCGGCGCUAUCAGUCAGUACAAUUCGGCGAAGCCACAAGGGCCAGCAAACUACCUCAUGAUGAUUUCUCAAAGAGUCACAAUGAAAGGUUUUAUCGUUUUGGACUUUGCAGAGCGGUUCCCAGCCGCCCGGAAGGAGUUGGCGCAGUGGCUGCAGGAGGGUAAGAUUAAGCGGAAGGAGUACAUUGUGAAGGGCGGCCUUGAAGCUGCUCCCCAGGGCUUAGUCGAUCUGUACGCCGGUGUCAACACGGGGAAGAUGAUGGUCGAAGUGGCUCCUCUGACGGAGGCCGUUGAAGCCAACCGCGCGACGUUAUAA